CGCGCUGGCAAUAAAAAGCUUAUCUGUUAUCACUUCACGCAAAUAUUUAAAGUGUCUAUAUUAGUGAAUGGAAUGAUUCGCUAUAUUCAGAACUCACAAAAUCGAAGAAAAUCAUCUUUUUUCACGUGAAUAACAGACGUUUUUUGAACAAAAUACAGAUUUCUGGAACCGUACUGAAACAACGAGCGAGUGUAACAAAAUCAAUAGGCUUGUAAGAGCUUGUGAAUAAGAAAUUUGAUAUUGGAUACCAGAAAAAGCCGUACCUGGAUCUAUGGAUAGAGCUGUAGAUGCCAGGAAUAUAGCCAUUAGAGUUAUUGACCAUAUGCUGAAAAUCCCUUCAAAUCAAGGAUAUGGUUCAAAUGAGUUCAAAUCAAUCAUUGAUUUUUUUGAAAGUAGCUUUUUCGCCAUCGAAAGUCCUGAAAAUAUAGUAUCAGAUUACCGACUGUGGAUAGCUUCGAAUGUGCUAUCAAACGGAGAACAUCCAGAGCGUCUUACUAGAAUAUUUACUGACUUGGGAAAAUAUGCUUUCAAUACUGAAAACAAACCCUACAACGAAUAUUACAUUGAACUGCUAUUAUCUUUUCAGUUAACUUUGUGCAAUUACCUUGGCACAAGUGAAUUAUUAGCAGAAAAAAUGUCCAUGCAAGAUGCUUAUUUGAAAGAAAUUUACCGAAUUCAUCAAGCUAUACUCCCAUACGACGUAAUUUAUGAUGACGGAAAAAAAAUCACAUUUGUAGCAGAAAUAAUUAUAAAAACUCUCUAUAACAUGCUACAACAUGAGAAUACAUCUAUAUGUUCUGCUCUCAACAAAAAUAAUCUCAUCAAUAUGAUUACAUAUUAUGCAAAAUCUAAGAAUACUAAUUUGCAGACAGCGGCCUAUUUAAGCUUUGCUUAUAUUAACAAUGAAGAAACUCUAUUAACUCCAGAAGAAACUGAUAGUAUAAAAGUUUUGUUGAAUAUACUCACUUCUACUCUUAAAAAUCCUUCAACAAGAGUAAACGGUUACAGUUGUGAAGAAAUUUUAAAAGGUUUAAGACUUUUAGCAUCUUCUGAUAAAAACAGAGAGUUCAUAUGUCAUUCCACGUUGCUACAAAGUAUUCAUUGUACUAUCAAAACACUGGAAGGAAAGGCAUUAGAAGAAGUGAUACUUCUUCUGUUGAAGUUAACAUUCAAUCCUGAAAUGAGAAAUAAAAUAAGAAGAGAAUUUGGAAGUAUAUUCAAAGAUCUUGAAAUAGUUUACAGAAAAAAAGAAUCUAAAGUCUCUAACAACAACAUACAGACAGUACUUUAUCGGAUUUUAUGGCAGAUAAAUGAAGAUCAUACUUCAAUCGAUUAUGAAUCGAAAUUAAAUCAUCCCAUUCAACUUGAACAUGUUAUGAUAAGUUAUAGUCAUAAACAAAAAGAAAUGACCAUGAAACUUGUUCAACAUUUAAAAGAUAAAGGAUAUAAGGUAUGGUUUGAUUUAAAUAAUAUGAAAUAUACUGAUAAUACAUUUAAAUGUUUAGCUGAAGCAAUUGAAAAAUCUUAUGUUGUAUGUAUUAUUUACUCGGAAAAUUAUAAACAUAGUGAAUAUGCUGAAAUGGAAGCCACCUAUGCACUCGAUUUAAAAAAACCAAUAAUUUGUUUACGUGCACAACGUGAUUAUAAACCAAAAGGAUGGUUAGGUUUUAUCAUUGCACGACAACAACAUAUUGAUAUAUCUGGCAAAUAUCCAUUUGAAGAAUAUUUCACUGCUUUAUGUGGUAGAAUUGAUGAAUACUUACAGAAAGCUAAAAGGAAUAAUAGUUAAUGCGAUUUUUAUGAAAAUAUGACCGACCGUUGUGCAACACAUCGAUUGAAUUUACUUUAAAACCUAACUGACAAAGCUUGUAUUACAGUUUUAAACAAAUUUGAUAAAGAUUAACAUAUCUUCAUCUGUUAAAAACAACACUGUAACUAACUUACAUAUUAUACCUGUACAUAUUAUCUGUACUGCAUAGAUUAUCACAAGCUACAAGCAAUUAUAACAUAUAUAUAUUGCAGAUUUUCAAUGUAUAUUAUCAAGAUACGUACAAUAUACUCUACCC